AUGGCACCGCCGGCGACGUCCAUGGCCGAUAUACCGGAUGUGAUGCUCGAGGAAAUCUUCCUCCGCCUCACCGCUGCCGAAGACCUCGCCCGCGCCUCCACCACCUGCCCUUCCUUCCGCCGUGUCAUCGCCGACCACGCCUUCCUGCGCCGAUACCGUGCUCUCCACCCGCCGCCUCUCCUCGGCCUGCUCCAAGACACCUUCAGCCCAGCCCAGCCGCCACACCCCUCCGCCGUCGCCGCUCGCGCCUUCCUUGGCUUCGACUUCUCCUGCUCAUCCUUCCUCCCCUCCACACCCGGCCAUACCUGGCGUCCAGUUGAUUUCUUUGACGGACGCGUCCUCCUCGCUGGCGCACCGGACAAAGAAGACAGCCGAUUUUGGGUCAGGGACCUAGCUGUGUGCGACCCUGUUCACCACCGCUAUGUCCUGCUGCCCGCAGUUCCAGACGACCUGAAAGCGCUGGCACCUCAACUGGACCUCCUCAAUCUGGAGGUCUUCCUUGCUCCUGGCCAGAAUGAGGAGAACCCUUUAUCAUUCAGGGUGAUGUGCGUGGCGCAAUGCACAACUAAACUGCUCAUUCUCGUCUUCUCCUCCUCUUUGGGUGGACAAGGACAGUGGCAUGCGCAUACAUUUGAUCAAUGGAGUGGUCAGGCUACAUCUGCUUCCGAUGGUUCAUUUAUCCACUCUCAUGGUGGGUUGUCCAAUCGUCAAUUCGUCCACGGAUGCUUCUAUUGGCAUUUGCAUUUUCAGAACGAGUUGCUUGUGCUGGACGUGCGUGCCAUGGAGUUGUCUGCCAUCAACCUCCCACCUGAACGAGGGACUAACAGUUUUGCCCUUGUUGAGGCAGCAGAAGGGAUGCUCGGAAUGCUCACUGAAGGCUAUGGCGAGGACCCUGAUAGUGACCCAUUUUGGCUCACGUAUUCUAUUCUGAGAAAUAACCAAUGGCACUUGAACAAGGUCAUCCAAUUGCCAGUAAACGAUGCUGCUCUUGUUGGUGUAGCCGGGGGAUACCUGCUCCUAGAAGCGUUGUACACCACAACUGCACAAGAGGCGCUGAAAUUUGGAUGCUUUUCCGUGAACGUCAAGACAUUGCAGGUCCAGUUUUUCGCUGAGCUUAGCAAACCAUUCAUGUAUGCUCGACUAUAUGCUGGUUUCCCACCAUCAUUGUGUGCACCAACUAUUUGA